AUGCCGACUCUUCAUAUCUAUCUAUCUAUCUUGUCCCUAUUCAUCUAUCUAUCAUCUAUCCAUCUAUCUAUCUAUCUAUCUAUCUCACAUAUCAACCCCAAUGGGUUAUUUAACGCCGAUUUCUUCAUAUUCAUCUAUCUAUCUUGUCUCUAUAUCCAUCUAUCCAUCCAUCCAUCUAUCCCCCAUCCAUCCAUCUAUCUAUCCAUCUAUCUAUCUAUAUCUCAGCACAUAUGGGUUUGUACCAUAUGGGUUUGGUUUGGUUGUUCACGGCACAUCAACCUCAAUGGGUUAUUUAAUGCCGACUCUUCUCACAUCUAUCCAUCUAUCUUUGUCUCUAUCUAUCUAUCUAUCCAUCUAUCUAUCUAUCUAUCUAUCUAUCUAUCUCAGCACAUAUGGGUUUGGUUUGUUUGUUUUACGGCAUAUCAACCCUCAAUGGGUUAUUUAAUGCCGACUCUUCACAUCUAUCUAUCUAUCUUUGUCUCUAUCUAUCUAUCUAUCUAUUCAUUCAUCUAUCUAUCUAUCUAUCUAUCUAUCUCAGUACAUAUGGGUUUGGUUUGUUUGUUUUACGGCAUAUCAACCCUCAAUGGGUUAUUUAAUGCCGACUCUUCACAUUCAUCUAUCUAUCUUUGUCUCUAUCUAUAUCUAUCUAUCUAUCCAUCUAUCUAUCUCAGUACAUGCUGGUUUGGUUGA